AUGUUGGAGACAGACUAUAAUCUACACAAGUCGAACAGCACCUACUUCUCCGACCUUGACGUCGCAAGGACCGACCUCCUUGCGGCCUUGAGAGCUCAGGCAAUUCAAGGUGGAUUGUAUAAGGAAUACAAGAAAGGCGUCAUGGUUUUGCUUGCAGGCACCUCUUGCACCUUCAAGAAGGAAAUGAAGCCAGGAGCCGCUUUCGACAUGCAAAGCAGAAUUCUCAGCUGGGAUAAAAAGUGGCUCUAUAUUGUCACGCAUUUCGUAGAGAAGCGGAAUGGAGCUGAGCUACAAACCUACCAGCCGUGGAAGGAGGCAGACGACAGAAAAGAUGCUUCGACACCUCCUCUUAUCUAUGCGACAGCAAUCUCAAAAUGUGUUGUCAAAGCCGGCCGUCUCACGGUGCCCCCAGAGAAGUUCUUCCGGGCGGCAGGUGUUCUUCCAUCUGAGGAUGAUUCGGAGAGCCUUGUUGCGGAAGUCGCACUGGGGCCAGAUGAGGCCGAGGGGUGGACUUGGGCAAAGGUAGAGGAGGAGCGGGUGCAAGCAUUGCAAACUGCUGAUGGGUUUGCCGGCGGUCUGGAUGCGGCGCACGAGAAAGCCCAUCUGUUGAUGUGA